AUCUGUGAAUGGAUGUUGGUAUGGUCCAAGGAAGAAAAAUUUUUGUGACUGGAGGAGGAGGAUAUUUUGGCCACAAGUUGGGGAAUCAGCUGAAGAAGAUGGAAGCAGUGGUUGUAUUGUUUGACAUCUCGUGGCCGUUGGAUGAUGUUGUGUAAGAGCAAAUGGAGUGUUUUCAGGGGGAUAUAACAAGUAAAGAAGAUGUAAGAAAGAUAUUUAUCAGUCAUCAGAUUGAUGUGGUUUUUCAUAGUGCAUCAUAUGGAAUGUCUGGAAGAGAGCAAUUACGUAGAGAACAAAUAGAGAAGGUCAAUAUUCUAGGAACAAAAAAUGUCAUUGAAGCCUGUCGUCAGCAUAAUGUGGCUCAUCUCGUCUAUACAAGUACAUAUAAUGUGGUGUUUGGAGGACAGGUUAUCAGAAAUGGAGAUGAGACUUUGCCAUAUUUACCUCUAGAAAAGCAUCCUGACCAUUAUUCCAGAACAAAGUCCAUAGCAGAGCAAACUGUUUUGAAUGCUAAUGGUUUACUAUUAAAAGAUGGGAAAAUUCUCAAGACCUGUGCUUUAAGACCAGCUGGUAUCUACGGAGAAGGAGAAUUGAGACGUUUACCCAGAAUUAUGUCAUAUAUUGAGAGAGGCCUUUUUGCCUUCACUUAUGGUCAAGAUGACUCUAUUGUCGACUUUGUUCAUGUAAAUAAUUUGGUUCAAGCUCACAUUUUGGCAGGAAAAACUCUCAUGGAGGCAGAUUCCAUAGCUGCUGGUGAAGCAUAUUUUAUUUCAGAUGACUCCCCCGUAAACAAUUUUGAGUUCUUCAGACCUUUGGUUGAAGGUUUGGGAUACAAAUUUCCCAAAUUGAAGUUGCCAAUAACUCUUGUAUAUAUGGUUGCAUUUUUAACAGAACUGGUUCACUCAGUGAUUGGAAGAUAUAUUUAUAACUUUCAGCCGCUCCUCACAAGAACAGAGGUUUACAAGACAGCAGUCACUCAUUACUUUAGUAUGAAGAAAGCUUGCAGUCAUCUUGGUUACAGUCCUCAGAAAUAUUCCCUUGAAGGAGUGAUUGAACAUUUUAAAAAAAAUGGCCAUGGAAGACACAGGCGUCCCUCACGUCUCCUUUACCACAUAGUUAACAUUGUUAUAGGAAUUAUGUUUGCAUGUUUACUUCUAGCCUGGUUACCUAGAGUAGACACUUCCAUAAUCAAUUCUUAUUAUCUUACUACUUUUUGAGGUUGAUGUAAGCUCUUUUGGAAAUUCAAAUGGCUUAAAUAGUAGUAAUAAUAUAAAUAAUGGAAAAAAAUUUUUGAUCAUUAGUUCAUCAUCAGUGGGUGGGGUACUUUAUGAAUUACAGAAUAAUUGGUAGACUCUGUGAUAGCUUGUAGGGAAGCCCUGAUAUCCCUUUCCAUCAUUCUCUCCAAUACCUUUUAAUGUAAACUAUUACUAGCUACCAUCUAGCUAACUUUACUAUAAAUUAUAACUGCAAAAAGUAAGUAAAAGUAGAGUACUAAGAUUAGAAAACAGCACCCAUUUGACAUGCAGGUGGGGGAAGUCUUUCCCCCUCAAGGUAACUGAGUUUUAAUGUGUAACACUCAUGUUUUCUGAGAGAGAGAGAAAAAAAAAAAUAGCCUUUUUAUGGCAUGUAAUCAUUCUUUUUAAAAAAAAUCAGUUUUCUUAGUUGAGGUCCAUUAUGGGUCCUUUUAAGAACCAUACAGAAAUUUAAGUUUUUGUGGUAUUUCUGAAUUGUGAUGAUAUGAUUGUAAAUAUAUCAUAUACUAAAGAAGUGAAUAAAGCUUUCCAUGCUUACGGAUUGGCUGUCUCAAAGAUGACUAUUUUCAGUUGUUAUUCACCAGCAAGCACCCUUAGAGAAUUGUAAUGGCACCCCAUUCCCCUUUGAUAUCCGUAGAGGAAUUGUUAGUGGUGAAUAAUAAGAAAAUACCCAAGAAUACAUAAAUGCCACCAGAAUUUGGUCUAACGUUAAGAAAUGAUUAGUCGAUGAAAAUCCCUUGCACCUCACAUUUCAGGGGAAACAUAAAAAUUUAAGCUUUGUUUGUGAAGACUAAUGAGUAUUUUUUUCCAAUUUGAACAAAGAAACAGCUUAUGAUUAACAACAUGGUAUUGAUAAAAAAAAUAUUCACGAGGAUUCUCAUUUAGCUGAGGAACUUUAUUCAUUCUUAAACUACAAUUAUGGUUAUGGUGGAAAUGUCUCAAUAAGGUCUGAAAAUAUGAAGGGGGAGGUGAAACACAGUUGUGCACUUCUGUAGUUCAUAGAGUAACAAAAUGUUGGAAUUCAUAACAUGAAGUAUAUUAAUCUAUGAGAAUUACUUUCAUCUUUAAUGUUAAUAAAAUAUUGAUUCUGCAUUAAAUAUGGCUAGGAAUUAUAUCUUUAAA